AUGGCCAACCGCCGCAUUUUUCCUGGUUAUACGCAGCGAGAGUAUGCUGAGAUGCACCUUAUUUACGGAGAAGCUGGCCAAAGUUCCCGAGCUGCUGCCACCCUCUACAGGGAAAGGUUUCCCGAUAGGAGACAUCCACACCAUGAAAUGUUUACCAGAGUGCAUAACUCCUACAUGGAAGGCAGACUCCCUGGUCAACGUGGCGGUGGACGGCCUCAAGUUGUUGACGAAGAUAUAGUGCUUCAGGAACGAGAACAAGACCCGACAACUUCGGUUAGGGCGAUACAAGGGCGCACAGGGAUACCGAAGUCCACUGUUCAUUCAGUACUUAAGAGGUAUGGAUACCAUCCAUUUCACGUACGACGCGUGCAAACUCUUUUAACUAGAGACUACCUGCCGAGAGUUCAAUUCUGCCGCCGCAUGCUCUAA